GCUGCCAAAAACGAAAACACCAGAAAAGAUGACUCUGCCCGAGUUCUUCGGCUGCACUUUUAUUGCAUUUGGUCCUCCAUUCGCGCUGUUCGUCUUCACCAUCGCCAAUGAUCCGGUGCGCAUCAUCAUACUUAUUGCAGCGGCAUUUUUCUGGCUGCUGUCCCUGUUGCUCUCGUCGCUGCUGUGGUUUGCCAUGAUUCCGCUGCGCGAUGUCCUGGCAUUCGGGGUGUUCUUCUCGGUGGUCUUUCAGGAAUGCUUCCGGUAUAUCAUUUAUCGCAUUUUACGCAGCACGGAACAGGGCUUGCAAGCCGUGGCCGAGGACACCAGAGUGACGGACAACAAGCAUAUUCUGUCGUAUGUCUCCGGCCUAGGAUUCGGAAUCAUAUCCGGAAUGUUUGCGCUGGUCAAUGUUCUGGCUGAUAUGAGCGGACCCGGAACCAUGGGCCUCCAGAGUGGCACUGAGUUAUUCUUUGUCACCUCAGCAGCUCAGGCACUGUCCAUCAUACUGCUGCACACCUUCUGGAGCGUGAUCUUUUUCAACGCCUGCGACACGAACAACUAUCUGCACAUUGCCUACGUAGUGGGCAGCCAUCUGUUCGUAUCUCUCCUGACCCUCCUCAAUGCCAGUGAGUUAUACACGGCUACUUUGCUGACCAACUAUAUAAUCACCAUUCUCACGGGACUUCUGGCAUUCCGAGUGGCGGGCGGAACCUCGCGCAGUUUCAAGAAAUUCGUAACAUGCCAAUGAACAAAAUUUUAGUAUUAACCACUUAGAUGUUAGUGUCUGGAUAUUUAUAAUUGAACAAUAAUCGCUUUGCCCGACUUUUGAAUAAACUAAAAACUAGAUGAGAGAA